AUGGAAGAAACGAUCGAUACUUGGCGGCAAUCGGAAGAAAACUUGGACCCGAAAGAUUCGAGCAACGAAUCGGAAGCUGAAGCUGACGCCGAUGGCGUCAAGGAAGAACCCUCGUUCUGGGAGACCGAGGAGAGCUCGAAGAAACCAAAAGACUCACCGGACGAUGAUUUCGACUUGAAACUCGACGAUCGCACCCCCGACGAAUCCUCCGAGGCCACGAGCGCCCUUAAAAUUAACGAUCGCUCGAAACCGUUCGAGGAUUAUCUCGAAGAAUUCGACAGCGACGAAAGCACGAGCGACGAAAACGAUCAAAUUCAAUAUCGCGAGGGUUACGCGCGCGAUGCUCCAACGUGUGUCAGUCGAGAGUUUUACGACGGGCAGCAAGACGGAGCGGGAGAAGAAGAAGAAAUUUAUUCCACAGAGCCGAGCUCCGGAGCACAGGAAAAGCCCGAGGAACGUCCAAUCCCGGACACUGCUGAACCGUCGGAAUCAGACGUCGGCGGUUUGCUCGCCGAUAUCCCUCUAGAGAAGCGUCAGGCGAUGACGCCGGAGGACGAGGCCUCGGCGGCGCAGCUCAUGGACGAUCGUUACAUGAAAAAAUUGCUUUCCUACAAAACGACGAUGGAGGAGCUGGAGGCGCGUCGAGCCGAGUUUCACGAGGAGCUUGGCAACAUGGAGACAAAGCUCGAGAGCGCGCUCGAGGAGGAUUCCACGAGCUUUGGCGAGCUCCUUGAAAGAGAGAAGGAAAUCGGAGUCGGUUUGGUGUUCGAAAAAUCUGGUCGUGCGAUCAGCGCCAAAGCGAUGGAGACGACGAUCCGUCGAAAAGUUUUGCGCCGGCAAUUGCUCAACCAAAAUCGUUUCAAGUACAUUUAUUAUCGCCACGUGUACGAGAACGUCAAAGCGAAACUGCGUUCCGCUGAGAAACUGGGUGCGGGCCUGACGAUCCUGGAGUACGAAGUGUUGCGAGUGGACAACGAGAACUACAGGGAAAAGGUGGAAGAACGUGACAAACUUCUGGAGAAUAUCGCACUCAAGAUAGAAACUGUCGUGGCUACUUUGGCCCACUACAAGGAGAAAGAUGUGGCGAAUCGUGGCCAGCUUUACAACGAGCACAGAUGUCUCGAGCUCGUAAGAUCAGAAGCGCUGAGGACCCGGGCAGGUUUUACGAAAGUCCUUGCACUGUUGUGGACCAUUCGGAAUGAUUGUUUGGAGAAAAAACGUCGAGCCGGAAUGCUGUUCGCAGUCCCCGUGGUCCGCGACAUGGAAAAGACAAUGGAAGCCCUCGACAAGCUCAAGGCUCAACUCGAGCGAAUGAUUUCAAUAGAAGAAUCCACCGGGGGAGUUGGCACUUCAAGGAACAAGCUACAAGUCGAUGAAAAUCGUACGACCGUGACGGGAAUGACUCGGGUCAAAAGUGCUGGACGAAUGAAGACGAGACCUGGACGCUGUUGA